AUGCCAACUCCCGCCACAGACAUAGCCAACCUCUACAACAUCCUCGGCAGUAAUGAGCUCUCACGCCUUGACACCCAUCCUGUAGAGCUUCUCGUGACCCUCCGCACAAUCAGCGAAGCCAUUCCCCCAGCACCUCAGCGGAUUGCUGACGUUGGCGGUGGUCCCGGAAAAUAUGCAUUUGCCCUUGCGGAUCAAGGACAUUUAGUCGAUCUUGUCGACCUUAGUCCUGGGCUAAUCCAACUCGCUCAAGCCGAACAAGAUAAGCGUAAAGCUACUGGAAAGGAAAAUCUUCUUCAAAGCCUUUCAGUUGGAAACGCGCUAGACCCGACUAUUCUGCACCAUGGUACCUACGACGCUGUCCUGCUUUUGGGACCCCUGUAUCACUUGGUAGACAAGUCAGAGCGAGUAAAUGCUGUCGCCAAUGCUGUGCGGCUGGCGAAGCCUAAUGGCGUACUUUUUGUAGCUUUUGUAAGCAUUGCAGCGCAUCUCAGAGAUAUUGCAAUAAGAGAGCCAGGCAGACUUAUUGCAGACAAGGAAUUCUAUGCCAAAUAUCUUCAAGACGGCCGAUACGAGAAAUUUAAACCUGGAGUUGGGAACGCCCACAGUUUUCACACGCAAGUGGGCGAUGUCAAAUCUUUUUUUGCCGACAACUUCGCCGAUACGCUGGAGCUCAUAGAAUUGAGAUCUCAAGAAGGUAUCCUGGGUGGUAGUCUUGAUGCUACAUUAUCCAAGUCUCAGCCGCAGGUUCUUCAAGCCUGGGCUGAUUUAAUGUACGAGAAGUACUCUACUGGAGAGGAGUAUCUAGGGUGUGCAGAUCAUCUAAUUGCCGUUUUGAAAAAGAGAAGCUUGUAG